CUUCUUAUCUCGACUAUCAAGUUCUCUAUUAUACCAAGGAACAACCAUGGCCCGUGCUUUCUCUUCGACUGCUCGGACCCUUGUCAGAUCGUUGGGCUAUGAUAAGGAGCUUCUCACGCCGGAGUUCCAGCAGGCACUAGAUCUUAUUCGGCACCGCAACGACGGCACGCUCGGAUCAAGCACCAAUGGGCCGGCUCCAGCCCAUCACAUCUAUGAGAACGGUACUGGCACCAUCAGACUUGGUGGCGAUAAACGCGAGUAUUCGACGUCGGCCACACAGGGAGAACCCGUGACAUGGUUGCUGAAGAGGGACCUCGGGAGUAGAACUUGGUUUACAGGGGCUAAGUUUGUUGGCGGCUAUAGCGAGAUGCCCCCUGUGGGGUCUCCUGUCGUUGUUCUUGCUGUGAUGCCUUAUGUGACUGGAUCUUAA